UUGACGGAAAACGCAACAUGUCUGGAAGAGGCAAAGGCGGUAAGGGUCUGGGAAAAGGAGGCGCAAAGCGUCACCGCAAGGUUCUCCGCGAUAACAUCCAGGGUAUUACCAAGCCUGCUAUCCGCCGCCUGGCUCGCCGUGGUGGUGUGAAGCGUAUCUCUGGUCUCAUCUACGAGGAGACUCGUGGUGUGCUGAAGGUUUUCCUGGAAAACGUGAUUCGUGAUGCAGUCACCUACACUGAGCACGCCAAGAGAAAGACCGUGACCGCUAUGGACGUCGUCUAUGCUCUGAAACGCCAGGGUCGCACUCUGUACGGCUUUGGUGGUUAAAUAUCAGAUCUUCAUCGGCUUGGACCCAAAGGCUCUUUUAAGAGCCACCCAACUCACUUUAAAGACUUUUAUUCCA